AUGAUUACAGGUGUGUACCAUGAGACUGUUAGAUAUGGGCCUGAUGUUUCUUUAGUUUCGGCACACAGGCACCUGCUGCAACCAAUCAGGCAUGAAGGUACAGAGAAGUUGCCAGAAAAUCCCAGUUUCACUCACCGUGUUGUGGCUCGACUGGGUUCGCAUUCCAAUGUUUCACUGUCCGAACACUCGCGGGGAAUCAAAGUGUUGGAUGAUGCGCUGGAAAUUUUUUACGAAGGGUUUUACUUUGUUUACAGUAACGUAAACUUCAAGGCAAACAGCUCACGAUUUUCCUCAGAAUUUAUAUAUCAAACCUGGUUCCAGUACGUGAGCCGUAACUGUGCCAGAAUCCCCAUGAUGUCCGGCGUGUUGUUACGUACUGUCCACACCGUGUGCCACAACUGUACCCUCAAUCAGGAGACGGCUUUUACCGGCGGAGUUUUCUACCUACUACAAGGUGACACUAUACAAGUAGUUUUCUCUGGUCAAGGAAUCGCCCAGUUCAACACUGUCGAGUCUUACAUUGGAUUAGUUAUGAUUUCCAGAUAAGCCAUCCGAAAGCCUAAUACCACACCUGCUUGUGAAAACGUCUGUGUACUGAGCUGAGAGACAGGGUUAUUUACCUGCUUGAUUAGCCUUAUUAAGUUACACAAACCUGAUCCGGUAGAAAGAACAAUGCCACUAUUCAUUUAGUACGAUAAGAAGAUCGCAGUCUUAGUCGUUUUUAAGUGUUUUAGUCAAACAGUAGUUUAGUUCGACCGCUGCAAAAAUGUAUGUUUUAAAGGUAAUACAUUAAAAUGAAAGAUUUUUUUUUAUUUUAAAAUUAUUUUUUAUUAAAUAAAAGAUUAAUUUAUUUUUAUCUCAUUAUCUCAUGCACAUUUUAUAAUUUAGGACAUUUUUUUUACAAAGGUGAGGGGCGGUGGGUUUGAUUUUCACAUUAUGUCUUUUCUAAAUUAACCAAAUAUACAUACGAUUGACUAUUUUUUACAAUGUAUAUAAUUUUAUCAACUCGCGUUUUUUUUUUCUAUAACAAUAAAGUGUUGAGAUUAAUUUCAUUUUAAUUUGAAAAAAUGUAAAAUCUUUUAAAUGUUCUUACUAUUUUAAUUUUAUAUGUCAAUGUUGUUGUAACAUUAAUAGUUUAGUAAUCAGGUAAGUAAAAGCUUGUAAUAAUCACUUUUAGUUUCAAAUUAAGUUAAUCAUUACUUAUUAACGAGAUUUGUGAUAUUGUUAAAAACGCAAACACGACACUCAUUAAGGACAAAGGUUAGAAAUAUACCUAAAAUUUAUGUACAUUUUAAAGCAUUGUAACAAUCGGGUCAUUUAUGAGCUACGUUCUAUGUUUAUUUAUGUUUACGGAUAGUACAUGUAUUAAGCUAAUGGUUUGAUGAAAUUAAGAUAUGUUUUAUAUGUUUUACAUUUCUUCUCCUUUAUCCGAGAGGUUAACCUGCAUGUAAAAUACAUAAUACAUUUCUAGUAUAAUCAAUAACUGAUAUUUUAUGGCUAACGCGAUCUUUCUUUGCAUGUAAGCAAUUAGAGCGAGUCCUGAUUGCGAGCUAUUCAAUUCACUCAAUUUAAAGCAUAUACAUUGUUUCUAAUAUUUUUAUAAACCGAAAUGUAUCGAUUUUUCAUCUUAUUUUAUUGAACUUAGUUAAUGUUAAUAGUUUUUAUUUAAUUUUUAUUUAAUUUGCUUCCUCUGUCUGUCGUGCUUAUGUCGUUAUGGACUAUUAAAUUUUAGUAUUUACAA